AUGCCACGUGGAGAAAAUGCGCUUCCCAAUCAUGAUCCCACCACCAGUGAGGCAAAGCAGCGGAGGGCGGGGUGCGCAACCUUUCAGUGCUCUCUGCUGUCCCGCAACGCAACGAGCAUCCAGGUAUCAGGUCAUCGUUCAGGUAUGAUCAAUGAUGACGUGAGCAUUCUCAAUGAUGACGUGAGCAUUCUCAAUGAUGACGUGAGCAUUCUCAAUGAUGACGUGAGCAUUCUCAAUGAUGACGUGAGCAUUCUCAAUGAUGACGUGAGCAUUCUCAAUGAUGACGUGAGCAUUCUCAAUGAUGACGUGAGCAUUCUCAAUGAUGACGUGAGCAUUCUCAAUGAUGACGUGAGCAUUCUCAAUGAUGACGUGAGCAUUCUCAAUGAUGACGUGAGCAUUCUCAAUGAUGACGUGAGCAUUCUCAAUGAUGACGUGAGCAUUCUCACAUGCCGCUGCCAUGCUAUCUUUUUCCCCGGGAUUCUUUCUGAUCCCUCCCUCCAUGCACGGUACCCGCUUCUCCCACACACUGUCAUCCGCACGCCAUCAUGCACUCCCCCACUCUCAUCUCACCAAUCCUUGCCCCUCUUGCCCUCUUCCCCUCCCCUCUGCCCCUCUUGCCCUCUUCCCCUCCCCUCUUCCCCUCUUGCCCUCUUCCCCUCCCCUCUUCCCCUCUUGCCCUCUUCCCCUCCCCUCUUCCCCUCUUGCCCUCUUCCCCUCUUCCCCUCUUGCCCUCUUCCCCUCUUCCCCUCUUGCCCUCUUCCCCUCUUCCCCUCUUGCCCCUCUUCCCCUUUUGCCCUCUUCCCCUCUUCCCCUCUUGCCCCUCUUGCCCUUUUGCCCUCUUCCCCCUCUUUCCCCCCUUACCCCUUGCCCCUUUCCCCUUGUCCCCUUGCCGCUUCCCCCCUCGCCCCCAUAACUCAGAUCAUGGGCAACAAGAUCUACACGCACGAGGUCAAGUCGCAGUACGCCGCCCGCAUCGACACGCUGCGGGCGUACGCAGCGGUGACGAGGGACGUGCUGCGGCGCUGGGCCUUCCCCCUCGCGCCCGACUGUGCCUUCGGGGCCCACAGCCGCCGCACCGCCGUCACCCGCGGCAACCGGUACCGCGAGGAAGCGGUGUCAGUGGCGCGGUCAGCACUGAUAGGCCCGGACACGCUGUUAGGGGAGGGCACGGUGGUGGCGGAGAGGGCGGUGGUGCGCGGGUCAGUGCUGGGCGCGCACUGCCUGGUGGGCGAGGGGGCCCUGGUGGACGGCAGCUUCCUCUGGGGCGGUGUCACCGUGGGCGCAGGCGCGGUGGUGCGGCACGCUGUGCUGUGUGACGGCGUGCAGGUCAUGGCGGGAGGACGGGUCAACCCUGGCUGCGUGCUUUCAUUUGAUGUGGUGGUGGCAGCCAAUCACGUGGUGCCAGCUGGCGCGCGCAUAGCGAGGGAGCAGCAGCCUGAGGAGGAGGGCAGUGAUGAUGAGAACACGGAGGGGCAUGGCAUGGGUAGAGGAGAUGUUCAAGCGGGCCGUGGCGGAGGGAGUGGCUCAAGACAACGUGGUGCUGGAGGUCAACGCACUCAAGCUGGCAUACAACCGCUCCUUUGCAGACUGCGCGGGCGCCAUGUUCCGAGGCAUGCUCAACCUCGCUGCCUCACCACACCACUCCCGGGGCGCCCACCAGUAAGCCCACCACCCUCCCUGCCCCCGCCCUCCCCCUGCUCGCGCCGCUCAGAGGAGCUGCUGGCGUCCACGCGUGCUGUGGUGACUCGAUGGACGUCGCUUCUGAGAAGGUUCCUCAAGGGCACCGACGACGAGGUGGAGGUGCUGCUGACGUUUGAGGAGGUGUGCAACGAGGCGCGCCCCGAGUUCGCCCCCAUCUUUGUCAACGUUCUUGAGGGUCUAUACAACAGGGACAUAGUGAGAGGCGAGGGUGGCAUGGCACAACCACUUACCAUGCCAGCCAGUGCUCUCCUUCUACUUUAUCCUUUCCCCCCUCCUGCUCCCUGCCAUCGUCACCUGCUACAAGCGUUAUACGACCGGGACAUAGUGAGCGAGGAGGCCGUCAUGGCGUGGGCCGAUGAGAAGCAGUUCGCCGAUGCUGCUGACAAGGUCUUCGUCGAGCGAUCUGCAGCGUUCAUCAAGUGGCUUAAGGAAGCCGAGGAGGAGAGUGAUGAUGAGAUACCAGAGGAAGGAAUACAGAGUGGCGUGGAUGACAGUGGCGUUCAAGAAGGGGCUUGA